GGUGGGUGGGGGAGAGAGGGGAAGAGGUUGCUCCCGAAGCGCUGCUUUGAUCCGUCGCUUGCCCUCCGCUUCACCGCGCCAGGAAGAGCCGGUUCAGGCGGAUCUGGGCUGCCUGCGAGAAAGGGAGGCUGCGGUGGAGGAGUCGUCAGUCGGCUGCGGGGCGAAGGCGGCAGCUCUCCCCUCGCGAAGGCGGGAGGAGUUGGUGGUGUCUGGAUGGAUCGAGGCUGUCUCCUCGCGACGAUGUCCCCCGAUGUUGUCAGCAAGUGUUAAUUUCUUACAGCUGGAGCUCCAUGGGGAAAACAAAACGGCUACUGCUGGCUUGGUUUCUGUGGAAAAAUAAAUAACCGGCACAGCAGUGUCCCCCCCCCCCGUAUUCCUAAUUGCAACUGAUUAGCUCCCUAGGUGUUUUAUAUAUAUAUAAAAGAGCUAAACAGUAUAAUAUAUAUAUGGAGCACUGUCCGAUCAGCGGUGGGAGGGUAGGCAUCAGGGUUAUUAGAGUCCGAACAAAAGAACUGGUCUGUUAGAAGAAUUCUGCAGAUAGCAAUGAAGAUUCCCAAAUAUUUUUUUCUGUUUCCUUAUCGGGUUUCUUCCCCACCCCCCACCCCCCCAGGUGGGACGCUAGUUGGAGCUGAAGAAAACUUAAUGGCAGUAGGAAGUUUGCCGCUAAACAGCUGCUUCUUUCAAGAUGGUUAACAAAGGCAGGAGGCUGCAGACGUUUGGGGUGCCGCCACAAUUGCUGCUUUUUAUUUGUUUGUAUUCUAUUUUUACAAAUGACUCAAGGCAGCAAACAUUAUCCAACACACCUUCCUCAUCCUAUAUUCCCCACAAUAACCCUGUGAGGUGGGUUGGACUUGAGGAAGAGUGACUGGCCCAAAGUCACCCAGCUGGCUUUCAUGGAUAAUGUGGCACUUGAGUUUACAAUCUCCUGCUUACUAGCCUGGUGCCUUAGCCACUAGACCAGAUUAUUCUUCCGGUUGGGAAGUAAUAACCUUGAUGAAGGGGGGAGGCAGGGGGAGAGAAAAAUGGACUUAAGUUUUGUCAUUUGCCUUCUGGGUAUUUCAAUAUACCCGAUCCAUCAUCCCGAAUGUGGGUGAACAUGGAGAGCAAGGGGUUCUGGAUAGAAGUUCAGAAACUCCUGGUUCCAUCAGAUUUAUCCCUGAGUUUGAAAAUUUGGACUUGCACAAAAACUGGGGCUCCAAAUGUGCAGGUGCAGCCAAUGGGUUAGGCGUGCACUUUAAAACUGAGUGCAGCCCGAUUUCUUUGUUAAGAGGAGUGAGCUGCGGCAAAGUUGUAUAACCGCCUCCCUGGAAUGUUUUCAAGAAAGGCUGGCUUGAUCCCUGAUUAUUUGAGAUCAGCUGACAUGACUGAGGUGAUGAGUGCUCCAACUAUGGAUGAGAUUGGUUUAAGCCCCCGCAAGGAUGGCCUAUCCUAUCAGAUUUUCCCUGACCCUUCAGAUUUUGAUCGUUAUUGUAAGCUGAAGGACCGCCUCCCUUCCAUUGUGGUGGAGCCAACAGAAGGAGAUGUGGAGAGUGGAGAAUUAAGAUGGCCACCCGAGGAGUUCCUGGUCCAGGAAGAAGAGGAACAGAACUGUGAUGAAGCAAAGAAAGAGAGCAAGGAACAGUAAAAGCACCGAAGAUCUUCUGUUCUACUCAAGAUGUUAGGACAUCUUGAGGGAGAGAGAACAGCUUUCUGAAGGGUCUUUUCUACAAAAGACAUUCAAUUUUGCACCUGCAAGAUCUUAGUUUUUUUCAUAUUCUCUAUUGAGAACUGAAGCGCUUGACGUGACAAUCUCCAGCUAAAACUAAGAAAGUUUGGGCAGGCAAAGCAAGCCAAAAAUGAUUGCCCUUCUCAAGAUCAUUGUUGAAUUCUGUGGUGGUUGCCUGGGGCAGCCAGGAAAUUAGAGGGCGCUUUGGUGGAGGAAUAGGCCAGCAGGAAGCAUGCUUCUUCUGAAGUGUGUGGUAUUAGAAGAAAUAACUGCAAGUAUAAAUGCAGCUGAGUUCUGUAAGGGACUGCCUCUGGCUACAAAUGCAUGAGAAUAGUGUUCAUCUCUCAAAACCUUGCCUUCUCAUAGUGUUUUUUCUGGUUUUAUGUGUGCAUGUGUUUAGAGGCUGGAAGACAAGCCACUGCAGUGCUCCUGUGACAUGUUAGGCAGUCUUCCUGCAGAACACCAUAGAGGAGCCGUGAGUAAUAACUAGGUUGGCCUUCUGCAGCCUAGUGUCCUCUUAAAGUUGCACCAUCUUUGUCAGGCUGCAGAGUCUGGCAUUGGCUUGCUCACCUGUUGCACAUAAACUAUAUUUUUUAUGUCUUUUCCUUUCUUGGCACCUCUUUAGGCAUGCAUUUUAACAUCGCAGUGAAUAGCUUUGUAUGGCCAUUGUGCUGUUGACUGUAGAAAUGGCCUUUACUACUUGUUCUGCAGUUAUCUUGUUUAGGCUGUAAACAGUCACAUUUUGUUUUGUUUGGGAGGUGGGAUUGGAAGAAAUGCUUCUUCAGAAAAAAAACUUCAGGAGAUUUUGACAUGGAAAAAAAAAGUAUAUUUUUCUUUCCUGCUACUGAAGCUGCUGUUUAACUUUCUCCGUCAGCAAUGCAUCUGGUUGCUGUGAAAUACGGCUUUUUCAUCAGGACUGAUUUAUGAUUUAGUCAUGCGUUAAUGCUGGAUCAAGGGCUCAUGAUUAUAGUACAGGGCCAACCAAGGCUAUUAACUAGGAAGAUCUUAAGAGAAUUGGUAUCCCCUUUAGAAGCAGGGUGGCGAAAGCAGGGCUUAUCUUCAAAAACAAAAGGUAUUACAGCGUCUCAGUAUUGUGGAGAAGAUAACACUUUUUUGAACCAAGGAUUUUUUUUGAUUGACUUACCUUGUUCACAGGUUCUAAAUUCCCCAUUAUAAUCUCAUUCCUCAUGUCCCAUAUAUCUCUCUUCCUAGAAGGCAAACAAAUAGUUGGAUAAGCUAAAUUGGCAGCCUCAUUAAAAAGAAGAACAGUGUCUGACUUCUUGGCAGGAAGUUCCACAAAGUUGACAUUUCAAGUAUGACUUUCAGAUAUUAAAUGCCAAUGAUUCCAUAUUAAUUUUGCAGAAACUAAAACUUUGUAAUGUAUAAACAUUAUAGCCUUAACAAGAUAGUCAAAUAAUCCUUAGUUUCCCAUGAUCUUUUCCAUUCCUUUCCUACUUUGUUGGAAUUUUAUGUAUGUGCUAUAUAUAAAAGACACACGCAUACACACACGUACACUUAUUUUUGAUACCUCAUGAGUAGUAAAAUUGCUGGUAAUGGAUUAGAGUUGCUUGUUGAAAUCAGCAGGGUUACUUUUUUCAGUCUCGUCUCGCAUGUGUUUUCCACAUAAUGGCAAUAACUUAACAGCUGUGAAUCAUUGUUACAUGUGGAUGUGAGAUUGUAGGGAUGUAGUUGGGUGUUCUUGUGUGUGUGUUUUUCAGCCAAGAACCUGUAACACAUAUACUACCUGUCUUGGUGGAUGUUUGGGCAUCACUGAAAUUUGUCUUGCACCCUUGCCUGGUCAAGGUUGCUUUAAAAUGGAUGGAUCCAGAUGUUUUUUGUAUCCUUGAAUCUGUUCUUGUCUUGCUGUUCAGUACAAUGAGCUUUCACACCUGCACCCAACCCAAAUUGCCCUAUUUUUUUUUCUCCCUUCAGAAGUCACUUUUUGGUUCUCCAUUUUUGUCCCCGUUUGAAGUUGUCAAAUGUUAACCACUCGGACUCAGAAAAACAAAAAUCCUUAAUGCUUUAAGGACAGAGUGGGGUUGUUGUUUGUCUUUGAAUAUUUGCAUAUCAUUUUUCUGCUUUUUUAAAAAGAUACAAUUGUUGCUUGUAUUUCUGUCACUUUUGAAUGUGUCUGAGGAACAAAGCACUCCAGUGGAACUUUUCCUGUUAUAUAUAUUUACAUUCUAUAUUUCUGUAAAAUUCUUUUUUGAGCCUCAGGGAAAAAGCUAGCAUUUUUUUCAAACUACUUUUGUCACUGUGACAGUUGUAAAUAAAGUUUGAAAAUGCUUUCCAAAUUCUUAA